AUCCUCCAUCAGAUCUCCGUGUGGAGGCAAAACCCUGAGAAGAAGCUCGGGGACGAACUAGACAGCAAAGAGGGACGAAUGUGUAACUUCACUCUGCGCUGUCAUGGUCAAGACGUGGCCAAGGAGACACUUGACUGAGCGCUCUUACCCCGUGUCUUCGUGAGGUGGGACUGCAGUCUCCACUCGGGCGCACAGUUGUGAAACAUUAUGAAGGCAUCUGAGGGUCCCAGCGUGUCACGGUGACAGCAAUGGAUCACUUUUUUCGGAGAAAGCGGAUCCCCGCUUUUCUGAAACCCCUGUUGAGUCUGUCUCUGAUCUUUGCAUCUUUUCUCAUGAUCCAAAAGCUGAAACUGUCGGAGAAAGACGCAGUGGGGGUUAAACAUGUGAGGGAUCCGGCCUGGUGCGGCUCGGAGUGUUUUUCAUUCAAGAAGACAGCUAUGACCAGUUCGGGGACCUCAGAUUCUCCCGUGCCCGUCAAGGAUUUGGAGACACAGCAGGUCCCGAACGUUACUCGGGCUUCUUGGGACGCACAGGUUCUGAACUGUAGCGCGGACGCAUCGGUGAGGACCCAGGACUGGUUCCGGCGCUUGGACCAGAGAUUUCACCAGUUUGUGCUUCACAGACACUGCAGGUAUUUCCCCAUGCUCAUCAAUCACCCGGAGAAGUGCGCCGAUGGAAACGUUCAUCUCCUCGUGGUGGUCAAGUCCGUUAUUGAGCAGCACGACCGGAGGGAGGCCGUGCGUAAAACCUGGGGGAAGGAGCAAACCGUAAAUGGGAAGAAAAUUAAAACUUUGUUUUUACUCGGAAGCCCAAACACUGGCAAAGACGCCAAGAACCUACAGAAACUGAUCGAGUAUGAGGACCAAAUCUUUGGGGACAUCCUGCAGUGGGACUUCAUGGACACCUUCUUCAACCUGACUCUGAAAGAGGUCAAUUUUCUCAAGUGGUUCUACAUCUACUGCCCCAACGUGCAGUUUAUAUUUAAGGGAGACGAUGAUGUGUUUGUGAACACGCACAACCUGCUGGAGCUCAUCGCCUUCAAAGUGGAGCAGCGCAAAGCGGCCCGCUUGUUUAUGGGGGACACCAUCUCCAAGGCGAUCCCCAUCCGAAACCGACAGAGCAAAUAUUACAUCCCCAAGGAGCUGUACGACAAGCCGUAUCCACCCUACGUGGGAGGUGGGGGGUUUCUGAUGUCCGCCUAUUUAGCCCGUAGGCUCUUCGUGACCUCGGAGGGCGUGGAGUUGUACCCCAUUGAUGAUGUGUUUUUGGGGAUGUGCCUGCAGAGGAUCCACUUAUCCCCAGAGAUGCAUCCGGGCUUCAGGACAUUCGGCAUCACCAGACGCAGGGCGAGCACAAUGAACACAGAGCCCUGCUUUUAUAAAAACCUAAUCGUGGUCCACAAACUGAGCGCGCAGGAGCUGCUCAGGAUGUGGAGCGUGGUGCACAGCCAAGACCUGAUCUGCGCACAAAAAACUUCGAUAUGAUUGACAGAAAGUACAAAGUAAAUAAAUUCACUAAAUCUGAGCUCACGGGAAGUCUUCUUUGGACGAUCAUACUUAAUGAUCUUUACGCAAUCUGCGGAGUCACGUUAAUUUUUCCUUUACCGUUACGCACGGGUCUGACAUGGAAGAGGAACUGAAUUUAAUAUUGUGUGUCACAUUAAAACGGUUGAUUUGUUUUCAGCUGACUCGGCACGUUGGCGCUCUCCUCUCCACUUCUGUAUGGGUUGAUUUUCCGUUUUGUAAAAACCACUAGAGCACAGCUUUCGCAUUGUGAAAGCACCCGUGUUUCUGUGCCAUUCCAGACUGAACUGCCUUAAUCUGAAUUUAAAAAUUAAUUUAGAGACAUAGAUGUAAGAAACCCACGGGUGUUCGUGCAGGUGCGAAAAAGACUGACUUGUUACAUCCAAGUGUUUCCCUUAAGCUUCCUUUUCCGACUUCAGGAAUUCAUUGCAACGUUCAAGUGCAACAUGGGACUACAUGAUUUACAGCAUAGAACACACAGCUGCAUUCAUAUUUGAAUGAUUAUUUUAUUGAAUAGAAAUUGUAAAUUGUAAAAAUCAAAUUCUGGGUAUUUUAAAGAUAAUAUAUUGGUUUUGUUUUACCUUGUUUUGUAAGAUUUACAAAGGCAGCCCUG